AUGGAGAAAAAAGAGGACGACUAUUCUUACGGAGAAGCUUUUAGAGAUUUCAGAACGCAAGGGAAUGUCUACGAAGUGUAUGACAAGUUGUACGACGAAAUAGAUGUCCAUUAUCUGAAAGACGUUGAAGACGUGAUUGUAGUUGGAGGCGGACCUGCUCUAAGUGAAUUGACAUUCCUUAAAAAACUGGUGAAAAACGUUAAACGUCUGACGGUAAUUGAGAAAGAUCCGAAGUUUGUUGAGAUGAUGAAAAAGAAUGUUGAAAGAUUACUUCCGUACAACCUGGAGUUCAAUUGCCAUUUAACAAUGGCGCAAAGUUGGCAAGGUCCCAGCGGAGAUAAACCAAAAACAGACCUCAUCCUCAUAUUUCAUAGUUUGUAUUACUUUGACGAAGCUGAGAGGAAGGCGUUGUACGAUAAAUGUUUUAAUAACUGGCUGAAUCACAACGGGAAGCUCUUCAUAAAAUUGCACAAGGAUAUGAAUGAAACUAACAUUCCUUAUUACGUAAACAACGUCUUUCGAGAGACAAAGAGAAAAUUAUAUAUAGAAGCGUACACUGUUAAGAGAGAGCUAGCAGAGCUGGGCUACAGUAUUGAUAAAGUUUAUCCUUAUCAGUAUUACCAUGACUUAAAGACUUGCAAACAGUCAAUGGCUCGCAUCAUCCGACAGCACGCAGUCCCAGCUUACGAAGACGAUUCAAUAAUUUUGCAGACGUUGGAAAAAUAUUACGAGGCCGAUGGGAAGAUUUGCACAAGCGGUGAACUGUUUAGUGUCCUUGGAAAGGCAGGCACAUACAUCAAAGAUUUACAGCUAAAAAAAGAAAAUACAGAUUUUUUAUUCAUGGUCGCAUUUGACACGGAAGUUUUGUUUCAAAGUGAAAUUUGUUUGUCAUAA